GCUCCCCCCCACAUAUUUUUUUUCCUCCCCCUUUGCUGGUGGUUCGGACAUUUAAUGUAUUGAAUGAACUGGAAUUGCUUUCCGUGUGAGGAGGAUGGUUGCUGUUACUUUGUGAUGAGAUCGGGAAUGAAUUGCUCGGUUUAAAAAUGCUGCUUUGGAUUCUGUUGCUGGAGACGUCUCUUUGUUUUGCUGCUGGAAACGUUACAGGGGACGUUUGCAAAGAGAAGAUCUGUGCCUGCAACGAGAUAGAAGGGGAUUUGCACGUAGACUGUGAGAAAAAGGGAUUUACCAGCCUGCAACAUUUCACCGCCCCAACUUCCCAAUUUUACCAUUUAUUCCUGCAUGGCAAUUCCCUGACUCGACUUUUCCCUAAUGAGUUUGCUAACUUUUACAAUGCGGUCAGUUUGCACAUGGAAAACAACGGUUUGCAUGAGAUUGUUCCUGGGGCUUUCCUUGGGCUGCAGCUGGUGAAACGCUUGCACAUAAACAACAACAAGAUCAAAUCGUUCAGGAAGCAGACUUUCCUGGGGCUGGACGAUCUGGAAUACCUCCAGGCAGAUUUUAAUCUGUUGCGGGAUAUUGACCCGGGAGCAUUCAGGGACUUAAACAAGCUAGAGGUGCUGAUUUUAAAUGACAAUCUCAUCAGCACCUUGCCCCCCAAUGUGUUUCAGUAUGUGCCGAUCACCCACCUCGACCUCCGGGGAAACCGUCUUAAAACCUUGCCUUACGAGGAGGUCCUGGAGCAGAUCCCAGGCAUUGCUGAAAUCCUGCUAGAGGAUAACCCCUGGGACUGCACUUGCGAUCUGCUGUCGUUGAAAGAAUGGCUGGAAAACAUACCUAAAAACGCUUUGAUCGGCAGAGUGAUUUGUGAAGCUCCCACUAGGUUGCAGGGCAAAGAUUUAAAUGAGACCACAGAGCAGGAGCUGUGUAAAAAGAACAGAGUAGAUUCCAGCCUAGCUGCUCCCCCUGCCGAAGAAGAAACCUGCGAUCCUGGUCCCAUUCCAACCCCCUUUAAAAUACAUGGCAAAGAAGACCCUGCCACGCCAGGAUCUGCUCCAAACGGAGGUACAAAGAUUCCUGUCAACUGGCAAAUCAAGACCAAACCCACUGCUGCCGUGUCGACAGUGAGUGCGAAGAGCAAGCUACCGGCUACCUUUUCCUGCCCGCACAUCUGCAGCUGUGAUCAGAUCCCUGGCUCAGGUUUAAAGGUUAAUUGCAAUGAUAGGAAUGUGAGCAGCUUGGUGGAUUUGAAGCCCAAGCCCUCCAAUGUGCAGGAGCUGUUUCUGAGAGACAACAAAAUACACACCAUCAGGAAAUCCCACUUUCUGGAUUACCGAAAACUUAAUUUACUCGAUCUGGGCAACAACAACAUUGCCACCGUUGAGAACAACACCUUCAAGAACCUCUUUGAUCUCCGAUGGCUCUACAUGGAUAGCAACUACUUAGACACCCUGUCCCGGGAGAAAUUUGCUGGGCUGCAAAACCUGGAGUAUCUGAACGUGGAGUUUAAUGGGAUCCAGAUGAUUAUGCCUGGCACCUUCAAUGCGAUGCCCAAACUGAGAGUCCUCAUUCUCAACAACAAUCUGCUGAGGUCUCUCCCAGUAGACGUGUUCGCCGGGGUCUCGCUUUCCAAGCUGAGCAUACACAACAAUUAUUUCAUGUAUCUCCCGGUGGCGGGGGUGCUGGACCAGCUCACCUCCAUCACCCAGAUCGACCUGCAUGGCAACCCAUGGGACUGUACUUGCCCUAUUGUGCCUUUCAAACAGUGGGCAGAGAUGCUGCGCCCCAAGGUGAUUAUGAGUGACCUGAGGUGUGAGUCCCCUGAAGAUUUCUUCAAGGAGGAUUUCGAGUCUCUCUCCAAUGAUGUGAUUUGCCCUCAGUUAAAAAUCUCGCCCACAUUAACUUCUACUAACAAAAACAGCACCGGCUUGACAGAGACAGGUACUCACUCCAACUCCUACUUGGAGACCAGCCGGGUCUCUAUUUCGGUGCUAGUGCCAGGGCUUCUGCUGGUUUUUGUGACCUCUGCCUUCACAGUGGUUGGCAUGCUGGUUUUCAUCCUGAGGAACAGAAAGCGGUCCAAGAGGAGGGACGCCAACUCCUCUGCAUCUGAAAUCAACUCCUUGCAGACGGUCUGCGACUCGUCCUACUGGCACAACGGGCCCUACAGCGCCGACGGGGCCCACAGGGUGUACGACUGCGGCUCCCACUCGCUGUCGGACUGAGGCGGCGGGCGGG